AUGUCAUUUGUUUUUCGAGUUAAAAGAUCUCGACCUUUACAAUUUUUGUUUGCAUUAUUAACAAUAGGACUUAUCUAUGUGAUCUAUACAUCCAAUUUCUUUGAUUUUUCAUCAUCAUCAACAUAUUCACCAGAAGAAAUCAAUUCAUUAUUACAAAAUAAAGAAUCUCAUAUUGUUACAGUUAAAAAGAAAGAAUUAACCAAUCAAAGAUUAUCUAGACCAUAUCUUGAUGAUUCCCAUUUCCAUGUCAAAAAUUGGGAUUUAAAGGGGAGUACAGUAGUUAAAAAUAAUGAAUAUAUUAGAUUAACUUCACUUCAACCUCAUUUAGCUAGUAACAUGUUUUCCCAAAAACCAAUUGAAGCAGAAUCAUUUGAAAUGGAAUUAACUUUUCAUAUUGAAAAUAGGAAAACUAGUUUAAUUGGUGAUGGAAUGGCUGUUUGGUUUUUAGAUAAACCAAGUGACAUUGGUGAUGUAUUUGGUGUUCAGAAUGGUUUCAAAGGAUUGGGGAUUAUGUUGGAUACUUAUAAGAAUGGGAAAAGAGGUAGUUUCCCCUUUGUUAAUUUAAUGUUGGGUGAUGGUAAGAAACAAUAUAAUAAAGGAACAGAUGGAUAUGAAACUAGAUUAGCUGGUUGUGUUGCUAAAAAUAUCUUAAAUCCUCCUGCUGGAGAAACCAAGAUGAGAAUUGUUUAUAUUAAGAAUGGUUAUUUAUCAAUUGAUUUUAAUUAUUUUGGUAGACAUGAAGAAUGGAUGAAUUGUGUUACAUUAACUGAUGUUAAAUUACCAAAAGUGAAAUAUUUAGGAUUAUCAGCUGAAACUGGUCAAUUAUAUGAAAAUGUUGAUAUUUUAGAAAAUAGAAUAUUUGGAUUAUAUAAACCAAAUGGUGAUGAAUAUGUUGAAUCAAUUGAAGAAUUAACUCAAUUAAUUCAUGAUCAAAAUGAAUAUGAUAGUGAAGUAUCAGAAGCUGCAAAUGCCAUUAAACAAGAAAAACAAAAUCAUAAUCGAAAACUUAAUAAGAAAUUAAAUAGUCAAAAGAGAAAAUCACUUAAAAGAUUAAAGAAUGCUGAAAAGAGAAUUAAAGAAAGAGAUAGACAAUAUAGGUUAGAGAAAUAUGGUGAUCCAGAUGCUACAUUUGUUAGAAGAUGGUUUAAUAGAUUUAUUAAAACUAUCAAAUAUACUACGUAUUUUACAAUCUUCAUAACUUUGAGUUGGUUUGCUUGGAUUAUAAUUAGAAUUCAAAAACAAAAGAAAAAGGCAAAAACUAUUGGAUUAUUAGAUUAG